UGGCCUUUUAAGUUAACAUUUACUUCACCAUCAUCAGUCGUUUCAUGUCGUGAACCAUAAACCCGGAAGUGUGACGUCACACGUCAACAACAAACCCGGAAGUGAAACCUCACACGUAAACAGCCACAACAAAGAUGGUGUACGUGUCCAACGGCCAGGUCCUGGACAGCAGGAGCAGGUCACCAUGGCGACUGUCCCUACUGGUCGACCUGUUUUGGGGAGCUGUGGAGUUUUUAGGCCUGUUUUUUAAAACAAUAAUCCACCCGGACCUGACAAGAAACGGCAAUAACGGAGCCUUGUCAGGGUUUUCUGAUGGCAGAGGCCCUCCGGGCCCCCCUGGUGGUCGAAAGCGCAUGGGCAGAAUCAACUUUGGCGGUGGACCCAGUCCUCCACCGAUGGGCGGAGGGGGAUGAGGAAGGUGA